AUGGCUCAUAGACUUCUCAAGCCGUGUAGUCUAGCUCUGCGAGGAUCCACAAACGUUGCCCGAUAUCACGACUAUACGCGUGUCGCAUUUCAAGGUGGCACCAUUAGGGUCCCGUUGAAUUCACCCAAGUUAAUUGGGGUCGUGAACUCACGAGGAAAUAGAAGUAAUCAGGAAGAUUUCUACGGCUUUGCGACGCUAUCUUUGGACCCGGAAGAAUUAAGAUUGAGCGUCAAGCGUGCUCACGGCAUAGACUGGGAUCCCGAUGAGGUUGGAGGAGCACUAGCCAGGCAGGUGCUUUUUGUCGGCGUUUACGACGGACAUGGAGGCUCUGCAGUAGCACAAUUCUUGCGGCAAGAACUACAUGGUUUAUUCGAAUCGGUCAAUAAGAAAGUCAUCCCGGAACUCUUUAAAUGGAUAAAGGAAAUCGGAGGCUACUUCAAACGAUUCAAAGGCGGAGCACUUGCUCCUUGGGUGGAGCCUGGUAAUAACGAAGAAAUGACCCUCGAUGCACGUGCCACUCUCGCGUUUUUUGAGGUCGACAAGACGCUGUCGGCUGAUCCAGUAGCUCAAACAUGCGGCGCCACCGCCUCCGUUGCCAUUCUCCACUCUCUUGAUGCACCAUCUACUCCCUUCUACUCUGCGAAGCAACUCUCACUAACCGUUGCGCACUGUGGGGAUACGAGGGUCAUUCUAUGCUCUACAGAUGGUGGCAAAGUCUUCGCAAUGACAGAGAACCACCAUGCCGAUGCUCAUGUCGAAAGUAUUCGCCUCCGGAGGAUGAUGGGUUCGUCCCUUAUGACAGAUUCAUUUGGAGAAUCCCGAUGGAUGGGGGCUCUUGCAAAUACAAGAUGUCUUGGGGAUCUACGAUUUAAACGAUUCGGAGUGACGCCUGAGCCUGAAGUCAGGACCAAACUACUAAACGGGGACGAAUGGGCUUUCGUCGUCCUUGUGUCGGACGGAAUUUCGUCUGUCCUCUCCGACGACGAAAUCGUCGAUCUCGCACGGGAUGCACCGCACCCAAAGGCUGCCGCAGAACGCAUUUUGGCGUUUUCCGAAGAACUCGGUGGAGAUGACAACGCAACUGCAAUUGUGGUUCCAUUGGCAGGUUGGGGCAAGGUCCAAGGUCCUGACAAGACGAAGGACCUUCGGGAGUACAGACGAGGGCAAGCCGUCGGAACCGAACGCCAACGACGGAUGUAA